AUGUAUCAAGAUGAUGAUGAAGAAAAUUUUGUUCCUAAGAUAGAUUUCAGUGAUCUUCACAUAUAUCAGAAAAGAAUUCCUCACACAGCCCGUGAAAGAGAAGCUAUGAAACACAUGGGAGAUUCGAAAAGAACAGAAGAAGAAAUAGAGCAUGAUUUAAAACUAGAAAGCUUAUGUAGGAGAUAUGUUCCUCCAAAAGAGGACAUUCAACAUUUCUUUUUAACGAGAACAGCGAUUACAGAAAAACAAAAUGCCACAAUGAACGAAUCUGUUGACACAUAUAUCGAUCAGUUAAAGAAAACAUUACCUCCUCUUCAGCAAAGAAUUUCACCGAGAUUUAUGGAAAUGAAUGAAUUACCAUUAGGUUUUACAACAAAUGCUAAGAGUUGUAAGAAGAGUAUUGCGCGUGUUUUCGAUAGAUCUGGAUAUUACGAUUCAAAACAGAAAAAAUUGAGUGCAAAUUUGCCUGAUAUUUAUAUAACACAGCAAUUCAAAGAAUUUGUUUUGCGUGGUGAUGAAAGAGUGCCACAAGUAUUACUAGAAUCGAAAAUCUCGCUCCCACCUGGAGUUGGAAAAUCUCCUCGACAUAGAAGGAAACAGAAGAGAGGAAUUCCUUCUGGUGUUCCAAUGUAA